CGGCGGUGGGUGGGAAUGGGAAUGGAGGAGGUUUCCCGCGGGGUCACAUCCCUCCUCCGGCCUGGCGGCAGGAUCUAUUCCCUCCGGUCUGCGUAAAAACUCUCGUCUUCCCUCCUCCCCUUCCACUUCCACUUCCACUUCGACCUUUCAGCAUAGCGACAGAAGCUGCAACAUCGAUGCCACUGUAGGUCUGAUUGCUAGUUUGUGUAUUUGAGUGGAUGCCCAAGGCUGGAGGAGUUUGAAAGCAAAUAUAUUGCUUGGCGGUGCAAUUGACAAAAUGGCGAGGGAUUCAACAAAGAACCUCAUUUCCUACUUGGGGCUGAUGAAAUUAGCCAUCCCGUCAGUGCUGCUGGAAAGUGCUCCAGCCGGGGCGCAGAUGAUACAGACUGCUCUGCUAGGUCACAAGGCCACGGAUUACGUCGCUGCUUGGGCAGUUGUUUCUGGGACAACGAAUUCAGUCGCAUCGAUUUUCAAUUUCCUUGUUAUGGGAGUCACGGCAAAAGUCAGCAAGUGUUCAGGGGCCAAGGCUUGGGGAUUGGUGGGCUCUCGCAUCAGGCUAGCGCUCGGUUGCUCCCUUGUGCUUGGCUUAAUAUCAAGCUGUCUACUGUAUUCUCUGAAGAACCCUGUUUUCCGAUUACUUCAUGAUGUUCCGAGUGCAAGAGGUCCUGCAGAAGACUUUUAUCUUCUGAAGUCGAUCGGUAUUUCGCUGCAGCUGUUUGCAUUCAGCACAACUGGCAUAUUGCAGGGGUACAAGAGAGUCAAUCUCGUCGCAGCAAUCAACAUAUGCAGGGUGGGGAUCGACGUGUUUGGGAGCUACAUUGCUCUCUUCGUUCUCGAUUCUGGGAUGACGGGCAUCGGAAUCAGCAAUGUCGCAGCUGCGCUGAUAGCAGGCGUUGUAGCCUUCCUCUGCGUGAUUUUCCUCCCGCCUCCAGAGGCAGAGGGGCAGAUACAGAUAUUUCCGUUCUUCUGGACGUGGUGGGCAUCCAUACGUAGAAGAUUAUGGCUGUGGAAGGAAAGACGACCCACGGAGCAUACUGAAGAGACACCGUUACUUGGAGAGAAUCCCGAUUGUGGGCACCAUGUGGAGGGUGGAGAUGGUGUCACAAAAGCAGGCUCACUAGCCCUAGUGACAGAUGAAGACGAAGAGACUGUCAAACUCCAGUCGGAGAGCUUGUGGAAGUUCAUUCUCGAUGGCAUAAGCUUCGUUAUUCGUAACACUUUCAUUCAGUUGUCAUUCUUUUUGGUGCUUGUUGCGGCGUCGAAGUUGGGCGUUGCUGCUCUGGCAGCUCACCAGAUUGUGAGAAAUAUGUGGUCAGUUUGCAUUUACUUGAUUGAUGGGUUUGCGACGGCCGCUACUAUUGCUGGAAGUAACAUCUCCGGAAAGUUGGCGGUCACACAGAGGGGUGAAGAGGCGGAUUCUCUGCUGAGUGACUUGAAGCUUAUGACACGGCGCGUUGUGGAGAUGGGCUUCGGUGCAGGAUGUCUGCUGACCAUUAUCUAUCUGCUAUUUGAACACGAGAUCGUCGCACUGUUUACGAAGGACCCCCUUGUCCAAGGGGAGCUGCAAAAUCUGUGGACCUUCGUCAGCCUUGUGCAGCCUUUCAAUGCUCUUGUGUUUGUAUAUGAUGGGUUGAUAUUGGCUGCUCAAGCAUUCUCCUUCUAUGCAAUGGUGGUCGUCGGAGGGUUCUUCAUCGUCUUUAUGCCAUCCCUGAUUAUGGCUGAAAGCGUAUCCAAGACGUUGCAAGCUGCAUGGGCUGCUAAGGUCGCACUCAAUGUGGUGCGAUUGAGCGGGGCCGCCUUCCACAUACACAGCCGUUAUUUGCAGCUACACAACGAGCAGGACGAAGUCUGAUCGAUGAACAAAGCUUGGUCCAGGGAAACACGAGCUUCAGUCCGGGAACAGAGAGUUUCAUCCAGCAGCCUCCUAGUUUAUAUAUUCAAGAAGGCAAGUGAACCUGCCUGUUAUUCCAACCAACGUUCUUUGGUGCGCCUAGGAUGUGUUGUUGCCUUAGGUACGCUGCCACAUCAGCACAGAGGCCCGAAUGCUUAGGGCACGUUGCCCGUUCUUCUGGUUUGAAACGUCGUCCUGCAAGCCUGCGGCAAUAUUCAGUGCAUUGGUGAAAAGAAGAUUCUUGAUGCCCGACCGUUCAAUCGUUUGUGCAUUUUUCCUGCAGACCCAGCCUUGUCUUUUUCCGUCCAAACAAGGCUGGACGACUUGAUCCGCACGCCACUGUGGAGAGCGAGUGAGUGUGUUUGUGCCUUCUGCCACAACCGCAACCCAUGGGUUCAGAAAGUGAAAGCGAAGAAAUCGGGUAGGUAGUAGGCGACUGACAGAGGAGGAGGAGGAGGAGGAGGAAGUAGAUGCUCACCAUUAUAUCGGUGCUUCAGGGGUGGCUGUCGCACCCUCAAACAGCAUAGUGAAGAUGCACAGCCAUGUGUUCGAACGUCUUCUGAGUGUGUGUGUGUCUGUGCACGUGCGUGUGUGGGUAGCAUGGGUAUUCAAUGUUCAUGCGCUUGUCUUGCUCAUAAUCGGCUGAUGCCAGACCUCCUUGCUAUUUCCUGAUCGCUCACUUACCAGC